CUCCGCUCGCGAUUUCGAUCUUUUUCAAACACUCGUUCCAAGUAAUUUAUCUUUUAGUGAGUAGCGAGUGAUCAAUCAGUUCUUGUUAGUUCUGUUGCACCGUCGUCCGCUCAAGAUAUAGUCGAGGCAAUUGUUGGCUAAAUUGUGAAACUUUUCGGUUUAUUAUUUAAUAAACGCUCUUCGAGGGCCCAACAUUGUCGCGAAUUUGAUAAACGUCCGGCUGAAUCUAAAAGUUUGGAUAAGAUCCAGAACAAAGCCCAUUCACGUGCUUCAGAUAGAUUCUCUCGGAUCGCGUGUGCGUGACAUUUAUGUAAUAAGACUACCGGGUCGCUGAGUGUGGCUCAAUUUCCGGAUAUGCUGGGGACAUUUGUGUUUCUCGUUAUCACCGUUUUAUGCACCAUAAUUUGGAAUUUAGUGAUUUCUUUGCGCAGACCACAUAACUAUCCGCCCGGUCCCAAAUGGAUACCCUGGGUCGGAAACACUCACCAAAUUCAACAACUAGCCAAAGAGCUAGGAGGAUCUCAUUUAGCAUAUGAACACCUUUCUAGGGAAUAUAAAAGCCCAGUCAUCGGUUUAAAGCUAGGUCACGAUUAUGUAGUCGUCGCUCUUGGUUACGAAAUGGUCCGUGAAAUACAUACCAGGGAGGAGUUUCAAGCACGUCCAGAUAAUUUCUUUAUUCGUCUCAGAACCAUGGGGACUCGAUUAGGGAUAACUUGUACGGACGGUCCAUUAUGGUCAGAACAUCGUAGCUUCACGACUCGGCACUUACGUCAAGCGGGCUACGCCAGGCAACCGAUGGAACUACAAGUACAAACUGAACUAAUGGAUUUGAUAGACUACAUUAAAAGUCUGAAGUCAAAACCAACAUGGCCUGCUAGCUUCUUAGCACCCAGCGUUAUAAAUGUACUUUGGACGCUAGCGACAGGCAAGCGUAUUCCCAGGGACGACAAAAGACUUUCAAACUUACUGACUAUGCUUGAAAAACGAUCAAAAGCCUUUGAUGUUGCGGGAGGUCUUCUCUCGCAACUCCCUUGGUUGAGGUUCAUCAUUCCCGAGAAAUCUGGCUACAACUUGAUACAGAAUUUCAACAUGGAAUUGCAUAAGAUGUUUAUGGAGAUAAUUAAUGAGCAUAAGCUCAAUUACUGCGAAGAAAAUUCCGCAGACGAUUUAGUGUACGCUUACAUCAAGGAGUCUAAAUCUAGAGAGGGCCGUCCAGACAACACAUUCACGGAUGUUCAACUCACCAUGACGAUUCUCGAUAUUUUCAUAGCAGGAUCUCAAACGACUAGUAACACUUUGAAUAUAGCCUUAAUGAUGAUGCUAGUGAGGCCCGAUAUCCAGGAUAAAAUCAUAAAUGAGAUUGACACUCAUUUUCCAAGACCUAACGUUCCUAAAUAUCAAGAAAAGUCCCUUUUACCAUAUGUCGAGGCCUAUCUGAUGGAAGUGCAGCGAUUUUUUUCAAUAGCACCAACAACAGGACCCCGACGAGCUUUGAAAACUACAACGUUAGGAUCAUACACUGUCCCUGAAAAUGCGACAAUAUUGAUAGGAUUGCGGUCAGUUCAUAUGGACGCAAAACAUUGGGGUGAUCCUGAAGUAUUCCGACCGGAGCGGUUCCUGUCCGAAGAAGGGAAUAUCAUCAGUAACGAAUAUUUCAUGCCGUUCGGACAAGGGAAACGAAGGUGUCUUGGGGAUUACCUGGCCAGAACCUGUCUUUACACAUUUUUCGUUGGUAUUAUGCAAAAUUUCCGAUUAAAACUUCCGGACAAUGAGAGUGUGCCGUCGACAAACUUGCUGCCAGGGCUAACUAUGUCCCCAAAACCAUAUAAAGUAUCUUUUGUACCAAGAUAAUGAUUAUGUGUAAUUUCAUGCAUGGAAUCGUAACAUUGUGACUUGUAUUUAUUUAGAUGUGAUUAGAGUAAGUUUUACAAAA